AUGGCCACAAAAAUUAAAUUAACAUCCAGCGAUGAAAUUCAUAAAUUUCGGUCUAAAAUGACUUGUCAAUUGGUAGGCUACGUCGAUGCUAUUGAAUCGAUUAAAGUUAAUUCGAAAAGUGUAUUCAAAUUUGUUUUGAACAAUGGUGCUGGUUUAAGAGUACAGGUUUAUAGUUGGGAAGAAGAAAGUCCUCGCACUCAAAAAGAAGUGAUCAUGGGUCAUGUGAUCUAUCUUAAUAGUGCCAGCUGUAUUCCUGACUCAGAAUAUAACACUGGUAAUUUUCAUGGUGCCCAAAUUGCUAUUCGGCCAUUCACCAGCAUUGAUAACUUGGGGAAAUUUCAAAAAGAGACUCAUGAGGCUUCAGACAUCGAACCUGAAAUAAUUCAACUGAUUCCAUUAAAUGCUUUGGAAAACUCGGUUCUUCCAUGGAAAUUCAAAAUUUGCGGUUAUUUGAAAACUAAAUUUACUCCAGUUAAAGUUAAUGAUGAGAUCAACAAAGCAUUCUUCAGUAUCACUGAUGGCGUUUAUUACCUCGAUGCCACAGUUAAUUCAUAUACCGCAGAUCAUGGCUUAGAAAAAGGAGACAAGGUUGAACUAACGGGAUCAAUGGUUUAUUUUCGAAAUGAUAAUUGUUUUCUCACUGUCGAUUCAAUGGACGACAUCAAGAUCCAAGAAGAACCACGGAAGGAAUUGAUUUGGCUGCUCAACGGGAUUACAAAAAUUGUUUUAAAGAACCCAUUCAAGCGCCAAAAGAUUUAA